GCAAGGUAUCAGUUUGAUUUCAAACACUCAGUAAAAACAAUUAUGGCGAACGCUUUCCUUACCAUUUUCGGUGGAAUCCUGCUGCUUCAGGCAGCUCUAGCAGCACCUUCCGAAGGUCGCACUCGAAUCAUCAACGGCACGGACACGACGAUCGAGCGGUUCCCUCACAUGAUCUCGCUGCGAGGCAGCUCCGGUGGACACUCCUGCGGUGGAAGCAUCCUGUCCAACUAUUGGAUCCUUACGGCGGCCCACUGCGUCAACCCCUUCACCACUCCGUACCUCCAAACGGUUCAGGUUGGCCGGACGGAGAUUUCCCGCCCUGCAGACAGUUCCGUGUACGAGAUCCUCGAAGUGAUCGUCCACCCUGGGUACAACGAGAGUUACAGCUUCGUGAACGAUAUUGCCGUGCUGAAGCUGAAGCAACCGCUGGCCUUUGGACCCACGAUCCAACCGGUUAAGCUUCCGGCGCCGUGCUUCGAGGUUGAGGAUCAGGACGAUCUGGGCGUUACGCUGACCGGCUGGGGACUGAACAACGACGGUGUUGUGCCGAGCAUCCUGCAGAAGGUUGACUAUUAUGUGGUGCCAAACGCGGAGUGCGACCUGAUUCACACCUCGAAGAUCUAUCCGAGCCAGAUCUGUGCAGCGUAUCCGGGCGGUGGCAAGGGGCAGUGCAAUGGCGACUCCGGUGGUCCCCUACUGCACAACGGGGUGCAGGUUGGAAUCGUGUCCUGGAGUAUCAAGCCGUGCACCAUCGCUCCGUAUCCGGGAGUCCUGACCAAGGUGUCCCACUAUAUUGACUUCAUCUACCAGAAUACGAACCUGCAGGGAGCUGGGGAGGAGCCGGUGCAGUGUAGUUAGAGUUGAAGUUGUUAGUAUUGUAAAUAAACUAUUUAUUGAUUUUUGUAAA